UGGCAAUCCAGUCAUUUGAGCGGUUUCGCGCGCAGCUGAGCUGUUCUUCUAAUUACACCGAGGAGGAAACAUGGACUAUGUGGAAUUCGUGCUACUUUUCUUGAUUAUCAUCGAUUUCUGCUCAAGGCCAGCAUGAUCCUGAGUCCCUUGCUGUCUUUUUAUUCGAGUACUUAUCCGAAGUCGCUGCUCAGAAGGUGAUGACCUCUCAGCGCUGUAUGGACCUGAUCUCCCUCUGCAGGACAUCCCCAAUCCCAUGAGCCUUUGAGCUGGCAGAAAGGUACCAGGAGAAAAGAGAGGUAGAAAAGAAUAUGCCUGGACUGCAUGAUGGACUCCAACAGCACGGAGCCUGGUCAAUACCUGCCCAGAGGCAGUCUGGGACCACCAGUUUACUCACAAUCCUCUCCAUGGCCACUACUUCAGAGCAUGGCUGACACCAACACGUCUUUCCUCCAAGGCAUUCUAAACUUCAGUACUGUUUCUGUAGUCAACAGGAGUAACGGGGGAUCGGAGAGCAAGUACAACCCUUUGGGAGGCCAUUCGUUAUGGCAGGUCAUUCUCAUUGUCCUGCUCACAGGAUUGCUGUCUCUCAUCACCAUCAUCGGCAACAUCCUGGUCAUCGUCUCAUUCAAAGUCAACCGGCAGCUCAACACUGUCAACAAUUACUUCCUGCUCAGUCUGGCCUUUGCUGACCUAAUCAUAGGGGUCAUAUCUAUGAACCUGUACACAGCAUAUAUUGUGAUGGGGCAUUGGGCCAUGGGCAACUGGGCAUGUGAUUUCUGGUUAGCAAUAGACUAUGUGGCCAGCAAUGCGUCGGUCAUGAACCUGCUGGUGAUCAGCUUCGACCGGUACUUCUCCAUCACACGCCCACUGUCGUAUCGUGCCAAACGUACUACCAAGCGGGCAGGAUUGAUGAUCGGACUGGCUUGGCUUGUAUCUUUAAUUCUCUGGGCUCCAGCCAUCUUGUUUUGGCAAUAUUUCGUGGGUGAGAGGACUGUUCCGCCAGACAAGUGCUACAUCCAGUUUCUGUCCGAGCCAAUUAUUACGUUUUGUACAGCUAUGGCGGCUUUUUAUCUUCCAGUUACCAUUAUGAGUGUACUGUACUGGAGGAUUUAUAAAGAGACCGAGAACCGCUCACGAGAACUUGCAGGACUUCAAGGCUCAGGAGGACGGAUAUUGGGAGCAGAGCGGCCUCAUUUCCGGAUCUCUGCCACGAGGGCAAGCUCUAGAAGCUGCCGCAGCUUUGAGCUGAACCGAUCCACACAGAGACAAAAAGCUCUGUUAGGACUUUCUGGUCACUGUUGGAGGUGGAGGUCUAGUGCUGCGGCUGGGAUCCAUAGAGGAGCUGAAGUGGACCAGAGCAGCUGUGAUAGCUGGAACAACAAUGACACCGCUGAUCAUUCUGGCUCAUCUGAUGAUGAGGAGAGUGCACCACCUACCACACGUGCUAUCUUCUCCAUCGUCCUCAGCCUACCUGGCAUGCGGGCAGCUGUGAACACCCAUAUCAAGUCUGAGGAAUUGGGCACCUCUGAGGAAGACUCACUACGAGUAACAGCAGGAAGCAACAGCGAGAAUGACAGUAUUUCUUGUCCUGUCAGCAAUGGCAAAAAGCGCUUAGCCACUAACUUUUCCAAUGUGCAGUCUGUGUCCGGCAUUCAGGCUACGCCCACAAGCAUCAAUACGACCGAUGAUACCACUAACAAACCUGCCUCCACUCCUAUAUCUUUUAAAGAGGCGGCACUGGCAAAGCGUUUUGUCUCUCGUGCAAGGACGCAGAUUACUAAACGUAAGCGCAUGUCGCUAGUGAAAGAGAAGAAAGCUGCCCAGACUCUCAGUGCCAUCCUAUUUGCUUUCAUUAUAACGUGGACACCGUACAAUAUUAUGGUGCUCAUCAACACCUUCUGCAACGGCUGCAUCCCAGAAUCCCUGUGGGCCCUAGGCUACUGGCUAUGCUACGUCAACAGCACGGUUAACCCGAUGUGCUAUGCUCUGUGCAACAAGACUUUUCGCAGAACAUUUAAAAUGAUCCUACUAUGUCGAUGGAAUGAGCAGAAAACCAAGCAAAGCUUUCAGCAAAGGGAGUCUGUCCGUUUACACAGGAGUAUACCAGGAGACUCUACAUAGCAUAGCUAUGCUAACUAAACUAUACUAACAUGGAUGAAUCUUUUCAUCCAGUCUGUGGAUAGACUUUGUAAAUGGAGUCAUACUGAGGAUUUCUACUCCGAUUUUAAACAGAGACUCAGAGGGGUUUGGCUUUGGAGUUUGGGACAAGUACUUUUAACUGUUAGUGUCUUCAGAGCCAGAACCUGUUUAAGUUCUUGAAUGGUUUUAGAUGGUGACCUCAGUUCCACACUGUGACUCAAUUAUUAUUAAUAUUAUUAUUAUUAUUAUUAUUAUUAUUUUUUUUUUUUUUUUGGAGUUGUAGAUGUAUGCAGACGAAGAUUUUACAUCGAACAGGUUCAACUGUCUUUCUCAAAAAAAUAAAUAAAUAAAAGGUAAUAAACCUGGCUUUAGUCGUUAGGACUGACCUUGAACCAAGCAACUAUGGGUUAAGGAAAAAAUUGACACCCUGUGUUUUUUUUUAGAUCUAUUUUAGUGACCUGCAUGUAAAUUUCAGGGUUAAAAAUCGACUGUUUCAGUAUCGAUCUAAAAAGACGAUUCGCAAAAAUUGUACAAAAUCGUAUGUGUAACUCGAGUUGAAGUGAUUUAUCUGUAUGUAGAUGCUGGCUGUAUUGUGAACAUGUAAAAGAAGGUCUUGCAUCAUUGGAAGAUCUCAGUAUUAAUAUUCUAGUGUGAACUGUAAAUCACGAUUGUUCUAAAUUUUUCAAAAAUUUUCAAUUUAUACACCGUCGACGAGUUUUCCUCGAAACCUGACGUCGUUAGGAUUUUAGGGCUUUGAGCGUAACCGUUGUUUGCGAAAACAUGUAUUAAACUAGCUGUUUAUUUUGCAUAUUAUCAGAUUUUUGUUAUUUGUACUUAAUUCUUGUGCUUAAACAACAACCACGAGGUGCUUCCUGUGGAAACUUUUUUUUUAAAGAUCCAAAUAUCUUUCUUAUG